UCAAGACAGGGCCAUUCUCUUUAGUGUUUGCCCUGUUUUCCCAAUGUCCAUCUCACCGCCCGCAUUUUGAUAUAAAACGUACAUAUUCAGACUCGUCAAAUUUGCCAUUAACGUAAGAAACCCUCAGUUAAUGAACGUAUACUAUGGACUAAUGAAAAACUGAACUAAAGGAACGACGAGGAAGAGCUUUCAUUCAAACCUCCUCAAUAAGCAGUUCCUACAACUUUGGCAUUCACCAUUGCUGCACCACAAAGUUCUUAUCUUGACUUGAUCCUACAGCUGACUAAAGAACAACAUAGAAGAUGUCCCAGGUUCAGUUCCAGUGUCCGGCAAGCCCCAUGCCUGCUGCCCCUGCCCCAGUGCAAAUGGGACCGCCGCAACCUGGCUACAGUAUCCCCUGUGCCUCAGGCACACUACCGUCAGAGAGUGCCAGCCAGCCUAUCAGGAGCUCUGCCCUCCCUGCAGGCUCAGCCACUCCCUACAAUAUAACAACAGUAUCUAACAUGGCAAACCCUAAAGAGAAGACCCCCAUGUGCUUGGUGAAUGAGUUAGCCCGUUUCAAUAAGAUCCAACCUGAGUAUAAGCUGUUGUGUGAGCAAGGACCAGCUCACUCCAAGAUUUUCAGAGUCAGGCUCACACUAGGAGAUCAGCACUGGGAGGCAGAGGGGACCAGCAUCAAGAAAGCCCAGCACUCUGCUGCAGCAUCUGCCCUCGAUGAGACAACACUUCCUAAGCCCACCGUGAGGACACCCCGUAACACAGGCAAGCACCCAGCAGAUGGCAUUACACACACCAUGGAGUUAAAUGCACUAUGUAUGAAGCUUGGUAAAAAGCCCAUGUAUAAACCCAUCGACCCAUACCCGGGGAUGAGACCACCAAACUUCAACUACAACGUCCGGCCUCCAGGACCCUACCAGCGCUCUAUGCAACAGUACUACUACCCUUUUCCUCCAGUGGGACCAAUGAUAUACCACAUGGAGCUUUCCAUCGGAGGCCAGCAGUUUAUUGGAAAGGGACGCACAAGGCAGUUAGCCAAGCACGACGCUGCUGCCAAGGCCCUGAAAGUGCUGCACAAGGAGCCAAUAUUACAGCAGUUGCCAGAGGUGAACGGAGAACCAGAGGAGGAGAACCUCAACAAAUCAGAAAUCAGUCAAGUGUUUGAAAUUGCACUUAAACGCAAUUUACCUGUCAACUUUGAGGUUUUAAAAGAAGAAGGCCCUCCCCACAUGAAGAGUUUUGUCGUGUGUGUUACAGUCGGGGAGUUCACUGGCGAGGGUGAAGGAAAGAGUAAAAAGAUUGCCAAGAAGCUGGCAGCAGCAGCAGUGCUGGGGGAGUUAAAGAGGCUGCCACACAUACCCAGCACAGAAAAGACGCUGCCACGCACCAAAAAGAAAACCAAAUCCAUCAUCAAGCUCCAGACCAGUCCAGAAUAUGGUCAGGGUAUGAAUCCCAUCAGUCGCCUGGCCCAGAUCCAGCAGGCCAAAAAGGAGAAGGAACCAGAAUACAGCAUGGUGACAGAGAGAGGGCUGCCUCGCCGCCGGGAGUUCGUCAUGCAGGUGACAGUGUGUGGCCAGACUGCAGAGGGGAUGGGACCGAGCAAGAAGGUAGCCAAAAGGAACGCAGCAGAGAAGAUGCUGGAUCUUCUGGGAUAUAAAGGGCCACAGCCUCAGCCUCCCAAACCGGCACUAAAGACAGAUGAAAAAACCCCAUUGAAAAAACCUGGUGAUGGGCGUAAAGUGACCUUCUUUGAACCUGGCUCAGCAGAGGAGGCAGCGUUGGGUCCCAAGGAGGAGGACUUCCGCCUGCCUUACUUGAGCCACCAGCAGCUGCCUGCAGGGAUCCUGCCCAUGGUCCCUGAGGUGGCUCAAGCAGUUGGUGCCUGUCAGGGGUCCCAGGCUAAGGACUACAAUCGAGCUAUGCCAAACCCAGGAAAGGCCACAAUCACUGCCAUGAUAGCCAAUGAGCUGCUUUAUGCAGGGACGUCCCUGACUGCUGAGACUAUCUUAAAGAACAAAAACAACAUGAACCAGCUGCCCCUCGGACCCCUGACCAGGCCUUCAGAGCAGCUCAGCUAUCUGGCAUCUGUGCAGGGCCUGCAGGUGGAAUACAAAGAUUUUCCUAAAAACAAUAAGAAUGAGUUUGUGUCACUGAUUAACUGCUCCUCCCAGCCGCCGCUCAUCAGCCAUGGGAUUGGGAAAGAUGUAGAAUCCUGUCAUGAUAUGGCUGCACUGAAUAUACUAAAGUUGCUCUCAGAGUUGGACCAGCAGUCAAAUGAAAGGACAGGAAAUGGACCAGUCUCUCGGUGUGGCAAGCAGGAAGUGGAAGGUGACUUGCACCUCAAACAGGCUAACUCAAGCACAUUGGCACAGACCGUGGAUGGCACUGUUUAGAUGAUGAUCAGGUCCGGUUGUCUGUAAAAGCACUAGAGAAAACUCAGACACUGUGUUCUUAGUCAGCUUUAGUCGGCUGCAGGAAGCUUUGGGUACUGUAGGCUCUAAACCAUCACUGUUCAUAUUCAUUGUACCAAAAUCUUCACAGUUAAACAAGAUUGAUAGGAACAGAAUAGUUUCUUCCCCUUGAUUUUGUUUAAUUGUACGUUAUUUAUUUUGUUGUGUUUUAGUAAAAGUAGCUGCAUCCUAGUCAAUGAGUUUGGGGUUUAUAUGAUGAAAAAAAGAGUGAAUAACUGUGAACCUUCUUUUGUUUUUUUCUAACUCAUUUCCUCUCUGUUAGAUCUUCUGUUGUUUUUAAGUCUCUGACCCCUGCUGAAGUAGUGAAUUAAAUAACAUCUCGUAAAGGUUUAGACCUCAUCUUUGUCUAGGGUGCAGCUGGCGAACCUCUGUUGAUUUUCCUAGAGUGCUUUAUAUCAACAACCAGUGUUAACGACAUUACCAUGUAGGGCCGGGAAGACUUUCUGACUAAAUGUAGCGUGUGAUGUAAUGUGACGUUGUCUCUGCGGUGUGUGGCAGGGACGUUUCCCUGUUACGUCAGUUUCCCUGAGUACUCCCUCCUCCUUUCUCAUGUCAACAUCCCCACUCUCUGCUCCCCAUGGUAAUUAAACCUCUGUGCUUACGUGCACAAAACCAA